GAUGCAAGAGCAGCAGCAGCGGGAGGAGAAGCAGCAGCAGGAGAUGCAAGAGCAGCACUGGCGGCAGCAGCAGCAGGCGGGCGGACGCCUUCGAGCAGCAGCGGCAACAAUGGCGCUACCGUCAGCGAGGCAACAAAGCGCAUGCUUCUGCUUCAGCCUAAAAACCUCACCAUCCGCUUUAUGUGUAGUGUGGCUGAUGCUGCUGCUACGGCUGUCGCUGCUGCCUCUGCGUGGGAUCAAGAAGUUUUUGAUAGGUCUGCGCGAGAGGCCUUUGCGGCUGCGGCUACUGUUGUUGCUGCGGAGCAUGCCAGUAGCAGUAGCAGCAGCAGUACCAGCAGCAGUACCAGCAGCAGCAGCAGCAGCAGCAGCGGGGGCUGCUGUUGCGGGGGAAGACGUGGCUUCCUCACCUCCCCAGCAGCAGGAGAAGCAGCCAGCGCGAGUGCACGAUCCUCAGCAAGCGGGCUGGUUCGUGAGGAUGUACAGGGAGCUGCGUGGACAGGCAGACAUUGCCGUUCGGCUGAAAGUCUCGGCAAGAGACUUGCAUGCGAAAUGCGAUCUUGCGCGGUGCAGUGUCUCUGCAGCAGAGCUGCACGAGAUGCUGACGCUGCCGAGGCGGCUUGCCGAGAGCCGUCAGACGGAGGAUGGCAAGCAGAAGACACCACGGAACGUUCAGACUCGGCGCCCUCGAGGGAGGCAGUGAGACAAGGGGAAACUUCCGCUUUCCGCGAGGCAGUGCUGGAAAGCAGACGAGGAGACGAAUUUUUGCUUGGAAAGUCUCCACGGCAGAAUUCUCAGCAUCAUCGAACGGGGGGUGUCUGCCCUGUUAAACUGUGGCGGAAAGGUAUUGCUAGCCUCCGCAGCAAAAGCGCCUCAGAUUGGGGGGGAAACGCUGACGGCAGCAGCAGAUCUCCUGCCAGCGCCGGAGCAGCAGCAGCGGCUCAAACAGCAGCAGCGGCUCAAACAGCAGCAGCGGCUAGCGCACCGCUUGCUGAAAAAAGGCUCUGCUGCUGCAGAUGA